CUUGUAUCUUCCCAUUGAUGUUUAAGACUGCAAUUGAUCAGUCUGUUAUUGGCAUAUGUGCAUACUGUGCGUAUGCCUUGGUAUUGCCUUAAUUCACAAGCUAUUUGUAAGCAAUGAUGGAUAGUGGCUAGCAGUGGAAUUCAGGACGAGCUUUUCGUCCUGUUUAGGACUCGCCAGCUGGAUGUACCUGCAUCUCAGAGUUGAUGUUCACUCUGGGACUCGAACUCAUGCUUUCCGAUGGUUUAAUUCACCUAACAACCACCAUGUGAAAAGUAAGGUUACACUGGUUCUAGCUUGUUAUUGCUAUUAUAAAUUUGUUUUCUAGCACAAAUCUUAUUCAUUUUUAAAGUCAACUACUCAAAAAAAUAAGUGUAACUCACAAGAUAACAAAGCAAGAAAUUUAUUAAAAUCAAUAGAUUCAACACUGUCUAAUUAUUAUCAUUAUCAUCUUCGCGAUCAAUAAUCCUGUUGUCUUGUAAUAUAAUCCUUUUAUUUACAUAAAAUGUUUGCUUGGUAUUACAAAUUGAAUGUAAUUAGGUUAAAUACAUGCGUGUACACAAAAAGAACCCCGGUUAAAAUAGAUUAUUAACUUUAAAGAAAAUAAUUCUUGAAAAUCAACGUUGUCUUUGUUGUUGUUCUUAUUGAAUUAUCUAUCAUCAUGUUCGUUGCAAAAAGUCAUACAUUAUUAUUCACUGUAAACUUUAUAACAUCGAUUAUUUGCAUAUUAAUAAUAUCUGGAUCUGGAUUGUUUAUGUUGUCAGAAGAAGCCAAUUUUAUGAUAUUACGUAGAACAAUAAAAUUAUUUGUAAAACAUGUUGUUCCACCAAGUUCAAAUUAUGGUAGUGGUGUUGGAAAGUUGAUUAUGACAAUUACACAAAAUUUAUGUAUUGCAUUAUUUACAUUCAGUUUAGGUAAUUUAUUAAUUUGUAUUAUUGGAUUCAUUGCUGUAUGGAACCAAAAAUCUUCUUUGUUAAGAAUGUAUCAAAUCAUGCUAGGAUUCCUUCUUCUUGGACAUUUAAUGCUAAUCGUUGGAUACUAUUUCAGUAAACAAACUAUUGAAGAUCAUUUGAAAGAUUUUAUGAGAGGUUUAAUGACAGAAUAUGUAUCACUGAGAAGUGGAACUCCGGCAAGCUUAUUUACUGCCAGUAUAAUGGUUAUGUUAAAUUGUUGUGGAGCUACAUAUCGUCAGUUUGAUUGGAGAUAUGCAAAGUUUGAUUCAAAUGAUACUUACGAUAACAUACUUUAUAAAGGAAUAAAUCAACCUAUACCAUGUUGUAAAAUGAAUGAUCAGUUAGAAAUAAUCGACACGACAUGUCCAUUUGAAUAUACAAAAUACAAUAGUAAUAUUGGAAUUGGUUGUGAUAAACCAUUUGCAGAAGAAAUAUCAUUAUAUUUGAAUACAAUAGUACUUGGAAGUAUUUCAGUUUUAUUAAUUAAUGUAAUCAUGUUAUGUAUUGGAGUGAAAGCAAUUAAAGAUUUCAAUCCUAUUAACUUAUAAAAGGUUAACAUACCAUUUAAUACUUUUAAU